GGACCUACCAUAAUCAUUGAAAUUAUUCCGAGCGAUCGAUACCUCUCCAUUGCCAACUUUAUCAUUUUAAACGACAAUAGUAACAUGACCUCCCAGCCUGCAAAGCUUAACCUUUUCGAAUUCCUCCACCUCAUCUCACCAAUCCAGCCGACCACCCCAAGUGGCUAUCCAUCCCCAUCAUUCAUCUGGCUCGGCAUUUGCGUCGCCAUAGUCAUUUUAGUCUGCAUCUUCGACUCCAUUAAAACCUUCCGCCGGUGCUUCUUCUUGUAGCACGAUGAACGACGCGGAGAAAAUUCGCCAGCGCCUGGUCCAAAUCGGAACCUCGCUCAACGAU